UGUUGCUGCGCCGCCACCGCCCGAACCAUGGUCCGAGCUCCACUCGGGCUCUCUUAGCAGCAGCAGCCGCCGCCGCCGCCCUGUGAUCGCUGGCUUCACUUCCUCCUUUUCUUCUUGCUGAGCCACUUUCCUCCUAGAGCUAUGACCGUCGUCUCCGUCCCCCAGCGGGAGCCACUUGUCCUGGGCGGCCGCUUUGCGUCUCUGGGCUUUUCCACCCGUGGUUACUUCGGGGCCCUCCCGAUGGUGACCACGGCCCCGCCGCCUUUACCCCGGAUCCCGGACCCCCGGGCACUGCCCCCCACCCUUUUUCUCCCUCACUUCCUCGGGGGAGACGGUCCCUGUCUGACCCCACAGCCUCGCGCCCCUGCACCUCUGUCCAACUGUAGUCUAGCUACGGCGGGAGGCACCCCUCGGGCAGCGCCAAAGAAGCGGCGAAAGAAGAGGGUGCGGGCCAGCCCGGCGGGGCAGCUGCCCAGCCGCUUCCAUCAGUACCAGCAGCACCGGCCGAGCCUCGAGGGCGGGCGGAGCCCCGCGACGGGCCCGAGCGGGGCGCAGGAAGUCCCGGACCAGGCGGCCAGUUUGGCCCCAGGUUCUGCGGCCGCAACCCAAACUGAGGAAGCGAGCCCUUUCCCCGGCCAGCUGCCGCCCGCGGCGCCCGGCCAGCCCUUGUUCAGAAGAGAGGUUUUAAAAUCAAAGAUGGGAAAAUCGGAGAAAAUUGCCAUUCCCCACGGCCAGCUUGUUCAUGGUAUACACUUGUGUGAACAACCAAAGAUAAACAGACAGAAAAGCAAAUAUAACUUACCACUAACCAAGAUCACCUCUGCAAAAAGAAAUGAAAAUAACUUUUGGCAGGAUUCUGUUUCAUCUGAUUUACUCCAGAAGCAAGGAAAAAAGCCUUUUAAAAAUACUGAGAACAUUAAAAAUAUGCAUUUGAAGAAAUCAGCAUUUCUAACUGAAGUGAACCAAAAGGAAAAUUAUGCUGGGGCAAAGUUUAGUGAUCCACCUUCUCCUAGUGUUCUUCCAAAGCCUCCUAGUCACUGGAUGGGAAGCACUAUUGCAAAUUCCAACCAAAAUAGGGAGUUGAUGGCAGUACACUUAAAAACGCUCCUAAAAGUUCAAACUUAGAUCUCAGAUUGCAGUAUGUCUGUAAAACAGUUUUUUCAAAAUCCCUGGACUCUUGAAAAGAAAAUUGGUACAGAAAUGGAAAUUUGCCUUGUAACAUACAAGUGCAAAAGAUGAGUUUAAAAAAUUACAAACAACUUGUAUUAUAUUUUAUAUUUUGUAAAUACUGUAUACCAUGUAUUAUGUGUAUAUUGUUCAUACUUGAGAGGUACAUUAUAGUUUUGUUAUGAAAGUAUGUAUUUUGCCCUACCAGUUGGUAGGUGUUUUGUAUAUAUACAAUGGAGAAAUUUUAAGUGUGCUAAGGCACAUGGAAGACCGAGUUAUUUGCACAAGGUAAUGAGAUUUUUUUUUAAAGAAACAGCUAUCUAAUCUCAAGGUGAAGAUCUAAAUGUGAACAGUUUACUAAUGCACUACUGAAGUUUAAAUCCGUGGAACAAUCAUUGUAAACAUGGGGUUUGUCUGUGUUUCUCUAAAUUGAUUUCUGCCUUCUAAUCUGUAAUUAACUGGAAAACUCCUGUUCCCAUUUUUACCAAACUUAAUUUCUGGUUUUUGGUUUAUCCACUCAAAUUGAAAAUACCUCUAAUUUUAAUGCCAACAAAAUUGGUUAUGAUCAAAUUUUUAAAUAUAAUAAUAAUUUGGCCCCCCCUUUUA